CUCUGAUUCUGGGAAACAAAGAAUUGGCAAAAUAACUGAAAAUGACCAGAAGGAGAACGUACUGGGUCCCUGACACCUCUGGCGGCCUGGUGAAUCUCGGCAUGGACGUAGGCGAUGACAUGGUUUCAGGAAUUAACUACAAAAUGUUUACUGUCAAGGACGGCCCCUGGAGCCAGCAGGAGAGGAAACACGAGGCACCGGGGAAGGAGGAUAUUCUUCCUUGGGGGAAGUAUGAUGCUGCCUGGAGAAACAUGAUUCCCAUCCGCCCCAAGCCAAAGUUUCCUGCUCCUCAUCCCCAGGAUGAUGCUGGCCUGUUCUCCUACAUCACAGUGUCCUGGCUCACCCCACUAAUGGUCCGAGGCUUACGGUUUCGCUUAGAUGAGAAUACCAUUCCCCCGCUGUCAGUACAUGAUGCCUCAGACAAAAAUGCCAAAAGGCUCCGUCGCCUCUGGGAAGAAGAAGUCUCGAGGCGUGGGAUUGACAAGGCUUCAAUACUUGGAGUGAUGCUGAGGUUCCAGAGAACAAGGGUUCUAUUCAAUGUAUUUAUGGGCGUCCUCUACUGUGUGGCAAGUGUACUGGGGCCAUUGCUGGUUAUACCAAAGAUCCUGGAAUAUUCUGAAGAGCUGUCGGGGAAUGUUUUCUAUGGAGUGGGACUCUGCUUUGCCCUUUUUUUCAGUGAGUGUUUCAAGUCUGUGUCUCUGUGUUCAUGUUGGACCAUCGACCUGCACACAGGCAUGAGAUUUCGCACAGCUGUUUCCUCACUUGCCUUUGAGAAGCUGAUUCAAUUUAAGUCUUUGAAACACGUCUCCACGGGAGAGGUCAUCAGCUUCUUCACCAGCGAUGUAAACUACCUGUUUGAAGGUGUGUACUACGGCCCGCUGAUCUUGAUGGCCUGUUCAUCGUUGAUUGCCUGUUCCGUUAGCUCCUACCUCAUUCUUGGACCCACUGCCUUCAUUGCCAUUUUUUUCUUUUUGCUGAUUUUUCCACUGGAGGUAUUCCUGACCAGCAAAGUCGUGAAGAUACAGGAUCACACAGCUGUGGUCAGUGACCAGCGCAUCCGUGUGACCACUGAGGCUCUCACGUCCAUUAAGCUGAUUAAAAUGUACACAUGGGAGGAACCAUUUGCAGCAAUAAUUAAAGACCUAAGGAAUACAGAGAGGAAAUUACUGGAAAAGAGUGGGCUAGUCCAGAGCUUGACCAACAGUGUGUUCUUCUUAUCCCCAGUGGUGUCCACAGUGAUAAUGUUUCUCAUCCACACAGCCUUAAAAUUAGAGCUCACAUCUUCAGCGGCCUUCACUACAAUGGCCGCCUUGAAUCCCCUGAGGCUGUCCGUGUUCUUUGUGCCCUUCUCAAUCAAAGCCCUCACAGAUUCCAAGUCUGCAGCCAACAGGUUCCAGAAAUUUUUCCUCCAGGAGAGCCCUGUUUCAUAUGUCCAGACAUUAAAAGACCCCAGCAAGGCACUGGUUUUGGAGGGGGCCACGUUGUCAUGGAGACAGACCUGCCCUGGGUUUGUCAACGGAGCAUUGGAGUCGGAGAACAAUGGACAUACCCCUGAAAGGAUGGCUGGGGCUCAGCCACGUUCAGGUGGCCUCAGGCCAGAGGACAAAGGAGACAGGCUGGAGCCAGAGCUGUACAAGAUAAAUAUGGUGGUGUCAAAGGGGACGACGAUAGGGCUCUGCGGCAACACGGGGAGCGGCAAGACCAGCAUGUUGUCAGCCAUCUUGGGGGAGAUGCAUUUGCUGGAGGGCUCGGUGGGCGUGCACGGAAGCCUGGCUUACGUGCCCCAGCAGGCCUGGAUCACCGCGGGCAGUGUCAGAGAGAACAUCCUCCUGGGAAGCCAGUAUGACAAGACCCGGUACCUCCAGGUGAUCCACUGCUGCUCCCUGAAACAGGACCUGGAAAUUCUGCCCUUCGGAGACAUGACAGAGAUCGGGGAGCGGGGUCUCAACCUCUCUGGGGGGCAGAAGCAGAGGAUCAGCCUGGCCCGAGCUGUCUACUCCGAUCGAGAGAUCUACCUGCUGGAUGACCCCCUGUCAGCUGUGGAUGCCCAAGUGGGGAAGCACAUCUUUGAGGAGUGCAUUAAGAAGAUGCUCCAGGGGAAGACCAUUGUCCUGGUGGCCCACCAGCUACAGUAUUUAGAGUUUUGUGACCAGAUCAUAUUGCUAGAAGAUGGGAGAAUUUGUGAAACUGGAACACACAAUGAAUUAACACAGAAAAGGGGGAAAUAUGCCCAGCUCAUCCAGAAGGUGUACCAGGAAGCCACACAGAACGUGUCACCAGACAUAGCAAAGAUAGCAGAGAAGCUGCUGGUGGAAGGUCAAGCUGGGGCUACGUCACAGGAACAGCCUCUCAAUGAAAAUGCUUGUAAUGAUGCUGGGAAACCAGUGCUGGAGAAUCAGCUCACAAAGAAGGAGAAGAUGGAAGAAGGUUCCAUGAAUUGGCGUGUCUACCACUACUACAUCCAGGCAGCUGGAGGUUAUGUGGCCUCUAUCAUGGUUUGCCUUCUCAUGGUGAUGUGCAUUUCCCUCUUGACCUUCACCUCCUGGUGGCUGAGCUAUUGGUUGGAGCAGGGCUCAGGGACCAAUGGCAGUCGAGAGAGCAACGGGACCAAUGCAGAGCCGGCUGACCUGCUGGACAAUCCGCAGCUGCUGUUUUACCAGCUGGUGUAUGGCCUCAGCACUCUGCUCCUAUUCUGCAUAGGGAUCUGUUCCUCGUACUUUUUCUCCAAGGUCACGAGAAAGGCGUCCACAGCCCUGCACAACAAGCUCAUCAUCAAGGUUUUCCGCUACCCCAUGAGUUUCUUUGACACAACCCCAGUGGGCCAACUCUUGAACUGCUUUGCGGGAGACUUGAACGAGCUGGACCAGAUCUUGCCCGUUAUUGCUGAAGAGUUUCUGCUUAUAUUUUUGACGGUGGUCUCCACCCUGCUGAUUAUCACUGUGCUGUCUGUGUAUAGCCUGGCGAUUGCAGCCGUACUUGCCGUUGUCUGCCUUCUUUUUUAUAAGAUGUCCAAAAGGGCCAUCAGGGUGUUCAAGAGACUGGAGAGCUACAGUCGGUCUCCUUUUCUCUCCCACAUCCUCACCUUCCUGCAUGGCCUGAGUUCCAUCCAUGUCUAUGGGAAAACUGAAGACUUCCUCAGCCAGUUUAAAAGGCUGACUGAUGCACAGAGUAACUACCAGCUGUUGUUUCUGUCUUCCACACGUUGGGUGGCGUUGAGGCUUGAGAUCAUGACCAAUCUGGUGACCUUGACUGUAGCCUUGUUCGUGGCCUUUGGCAUUUCUUCUGCCUCCUAUUCCUAUAAAGCCAUGACUAUCAGCCUUGUCCUGCAGCUGGCAUCCAGCUUCCAGGCCACUGUCCGGUUUGGUUCGGAGACAGAGGCGUACUUCAUGGCUGUGGAGAGGAUGCUACAGUACAUGAAGAUUUGUGUCCCUGAGGCUCGUUGGAAUGUGGAAGACGUGAGCCCUCCCCUUGGGUGGCCACAGCAUGGGGAAAUCACCUUCCAGGAUUAUCAGAUGAAAUACCGAGACAAUAGCCCUAUUGUUCUUGAUGGCAUCAACCUGACGAUUCGCAGCCAGGAAGUGGUGGGCAUCGUGGGAAGGACGGGCUCAGGGAAGUCUUCCUUGGGAGUGGCUCUCUUCCGCCUGGUGGAGCCCACAGCAGGACGGAUUCUCAUUGAUGGUGUGGACAUCUGCAGCAUUGGCCUGGAGGAGCUGAGAUCCAAGCUCUCAGUUAUCACUCAAGAUCCAGUCCUGCUCUCUGGAACCAUCAGAUUCAACCUAGAUCCCUUUGACUGCUACACAGAUGAGCAGAUCUGGGAUGUCUUGGAGAAGACAUUUCUGGCCAAGACAAUUGCAAAGUUGCCAGAACGACUGCAAGCAGAAGUUGUGGAAAAUGGUGGAAACUUUUCUGUGGGGCAGAGGCAGCUGCUCUGCAUCGCUCGAGCAAUCCUUCGCAACUCCAAGAUCAUCCUUAUUGAUGAAGCCACAGCCUUCAUCGACCUGGAGACUGAUGCCCUGAUUCAGCAUGCCCUCCGUGAGGCCUUCCAAGGCUGCACAGUGCUGGUUAUUGCACACCGCAUCACCACAGUCCUCAGCUGUGACCGCGUCCUUGUCUUGGGCAACGGCAAGGUCUUGGAGUUUGACAAGCCUGAGGUCCUGCAGAAGAAGCCCGGGUCGGUGUUUGCAGCCCUACUGGCCGCAGCCUCUCACUGACCUACAGUGAAGCAGAGACUGCAUGAGGCUGAGCUCAGAAGGUCCCCAAGGUGUAGCAUGAGGCCUUCUUGUUAAGAGACCUCCAGUUCUUCAGAAAGUGGGGCUGAAAUUUGGUGAGGUGUGCUGGUGAUGGGAUGGAAGAGAAGACCCAAGGGGCAUAACUGGAACGGGCCACUCUGGGCCCCAAACCUGGGAGCCCAGCACCAUUUGGACUGUGGAGUCCAAUGAUCAUGGGUCUCUUUUUAAUUUGUAUGCUGAAUGAUUUCAUGACAAUAUAAAAGCUUAUGACUGUUUUCUGAUCUGUGUUAAAAGUAUUGCAAAUGAUGUAGUCAGUUUGUAAAAAAAACUAAGGAAAAGCCUCUCUCUUUAUUAAGCUCUCUAUGUUAGCUGGUACUUGUCCAAGUGCAAGGAACAGAAACCCUCUCAAACUGACUUCUAGAUAAAGGGACUUUAUUGGCUCACGUAACUGAAAGGUCUUAAAAUAUUUUUUGUUGGGUACCAGAAUAAAAAAGAUGUCUGCCUUGGGACUCUGUUUCUCUUCUGUUAGCUCUGCUUUCCUUCAGUUGCUUUCAUUUUCUGGUCUUUUCUCAUCUUGAGGUGGCAGUGUGGCUGCCAGUGGCUCCAGGCUCAUGUGCUGCCCCCUCAGCAACC